GAUGGAGGAGAUGGCUCGAGAAGAAUGCUGUCGAUCAGUUUGUCCGCUGGCCAACUGUCAAGUGCGAUUGGAUCACAGCCAGCUGCUGGUGCACCUGAUAAGUGAGCACUUGGUCGAGACACCAGGUGUAUCAUUUGGCCUGAGGAUGCGCCAAGUGGAAAGCGGGGAAAGGACAUUGUUGCCACUGGCGCCUCAACAGCUGAUCGUGGGGCAAGAUCAUUGCUUAUGCUUGCUCAACUGGGCGGGAAAUGGAAGCAGGAAUCUGGCAAUGCCACAAUGCAGACUUCCUCUAAGUUACAGAUCGCUGACAGGUCACUUGCCAGUGUUGGUAAUGGUGCGCAGGAUACCGUGGCCAGCUCUGCCAUCGAGUUCAACAUUGCACGAAGAUAAUAAGAUGCGUUAUCUAUAUGUAUUAUGGCUUGCGGCACCUGCCACACGGCGUCCAGUUACCGCCAGACUGGGAUUCCUCAAUCGUGAGCUUCACUGUAGUUUGCGCGUGCGUCGCCAGCUGCGAAACUUUGACAGUCCAAUGGAAUUCAACAAAUAUUUGCUGGGUGCAGAUCGCAACUAUCUAACAUUGAGUGAACGGCAGCUGCAGCAAAUGUGUUGCCAAAAUGAUUCGGGCUGUUUUCUUGAGGUUGUCAUUCUGGGUGUACCGAACUGAAACUCGACAAAACUUUCUGCUAAUAUUUGAAUAUUUGUAAAUUUAUGCAAAUUAAAUUUGAUAAUAAGAGAUAAACACAAGAUACG